AUGCUAGUUGGUUUUGUGGUUUCUUUUCACCAUUCAUAUCACCCUCUUAACUUCUUCUCUUUAUAUUUACAACUGCACCAUAUACAAAUAUAUACAUUGGUUUAUAGCUCUAUACCUGUUUUUCUUUGCCUAAACUUUCUUGUUUUUAUAUUUUAAAAAACAGCCAUUUUGAAGGAAGAACUCUUGAAUUUAGAAAAAAGUAAAAAAGAAUGGAUUUUUACGCGUACCCAGCUCGAGCUUCUGCUGCUGUUUCAAUUGUAUCAUCUUUUUCUAUGAGGGAUUUGAUUGAUAGAGCUAAAGAUUUCUUCAGAUUUGCUGUAUCUGCAAUUAUUGGCAAUGUGUUCUCUGCAAUUUUCACCUUUUUCUUUGCAUUAGUGGGCACCUUAUUAGGAGCAAUGACAGGAGCUUUGAUAGGUCAAGAAACAGAAAGUGGAUUUAUUAGAGGUGCCGCCGUUGGAGCCAUUUCUGGUGCUGUUUUCUCCCUUGAGGUCUUUGAGUCAUCUUUAUUACUAUGGCAAUCCGAUGAAUCUGGAAUCGGAUGUCUUCUUUACUUGAUUGAUGUAAUAGCCAGCUUGUUAAGUGGUAGACUAGUUCGCGAGCGGAUUGGUCCAGCAAUGUUAAGUGCAGUGCAAAGUCAGAUGGGAGCUGUUGAAACUACAUAUGAAGAGGUCCCUAACAUUUUCGAUACAGGCGGGUCAAAAGGUUUGACUGGAGAUUUUGUUGAGAAGAUCCCAAAGAUUGUAAUUAGCAACGACAACAAUGUGGAUGAUACAGGGGAGAGAGUCUCAUGUUCAGUCUGCUUACAGGACUUCCAACUGAGGGAAACUGUUAGAUGUUUGCCGCAAUGUCAUCACAUGUUUCACCUACUGUGCAUCGAUACAUGGCUGCUGAGACACGGCUCUUGUCCGUUAUGCAGAAGGGAUCUGUAGGUGGUUGUACUCGUGCAGAGUAGCCUUGCUGUCACUAUCCACUAAGAUUCAGCCUUUUGUCGCUCAGAUUGUGUUUUUUCCCCCAAAAAAUCUACGUUUAAGUGUUUUGCUGAUAUGUUGGGAAUGCCAGUAGUACUACUUGUUGAUGGCAUGAGAUGGUCCAUAGAGGGAUCAGAGCUCGAGCUAAGAUUCGAAGUUAUUGGGUUCGGGGUUCUAGCCAUUUUAUGUUAGUGGCUUCUAAAGUAAGAAUUUUUAUGUAUUCAAUAAUUUUCCUAAGACAAAUAUAGAGUUUGAACUAAAUCUACCGGGUUCAGCCGAACCCAUUGCCGAAGCUCUAGCUCCGUGAACAUAGGAAGUAAAAUGGCAAAUUGGAGGGAAAGCCUUUUACUCUUUUGCAACAGGAGCUUUGAGGACAACUAUUUUAUGUAAUAAAAAUGCUUUCUUUUUGUACACCAA